AUGGGCCAACCUGUGGACAACAUGGAGGUGGGAGAGGUGUUAAGGGGAGAGAAUAUGACAACUCCUGCACGCAACAACUGGAAUGAGUCAACAUUCGCUGCCAAGAAUUAUGUGCGUCAGUCCUUUUUGUUGUCUGCUGCGGAGCAGGAGUUUGUCCUGAAGAGGAAACAAAUAGCAAUGAAGUCACUCAACAACCUGGGAAUCACUUUAACACUGAACUCAGUUCCUCACAUCGCACUCUUGGGGUCAGGUGGGGGUCAGAGGUCAGCCUUGAGUCUGGUGGGUUCCCUCUAUCAGAUGGAAAAGGAAGGCCUGUUGGACACUGUGCUCUACCUGGGAGGAGUUUCUGGCUCUGCCUGGUCCAUGUCGUCCCUGUACAGCGACCCACAGUGGAGCGCCAACAUGGACAGAGCGGUGUCCAAUCUGUCAGGUCCCGAGGUCCCUCUGGAGCAGGCUCUGGCCUGGCUGGGCGAGAGGGCAAAGGAGGAGCACUUCUCUCUCACUGAUAUCUGGGGGGUCUUGACCUCAGUCGGGAUCAUGAAACAGCUGGAUCCUCGACAUCUUUCUGAGGAUAGCAUGACCGCCUUCAAUCCCUAUCCCGUAUACAACGCAGUAGCCAAAAGCUGCCUUCAAAAUGGUCCUGAAAAAGGUAAAUGGUUUGAGAUGACUCCUCAAGAGGUUGGCUUCACAGAUCUGGGCCUCUUUAUUAACACCUCUCGUCUAGGCAGCAGAAACUACGAAGCAGGUCCUGAAGGGCCAGAGAUGGACAUGGUCAAGCUGCAAGGUAUAAUGGGCAGCGCAGUAGCAAAUGAACAGAGUUUGUUCAACUUUAUGCCUGCCUGGCUGAAAGUACCACACCAGGUCAAGAGUUUCUGGGACGUCAUGGACCGUUACAUGUGCGGGUACCACAGCCUUUUGAAGGUAACGGAGCUGAUCAGAAAAAACACAGAGGAUCCCACUGUUUUAUCUGGGCUGGACGACCUGCAGAAAACACUGAAAGAGAGUUUGAACCUAAACUCUACGGCUUCAUUGGGAAAGAAGAGCCCAAAACAACAACAAAAGCUGAUCCUUGAGCUGUGGCGUCAGAAGAUGGCACCCAUACAUACUUGGAUCCAAAGUCUGGAGGAAGGACCAGUCAAAAGGGGUGUCUCUCUGUUGAUCCAAAAAGUCCUCCCACUGAUUUGGAAAUGGGAAUGGGGAACAACUGAAAACUUCCUCUACCAAUACCCAGGUGCUGCAGUGCCGGCUUGCCUCAGACUUAAGGAGCACAUAGAGCUGAUAGAUGCUGGUUUGAUGCUCAACAUGCCCUACCCUCCCUUCCUGGGAGAAAAGAGAGACGUAGACCUCCUUAUUGCCAUGGAAUCCGGAGCUGAUGACACCUUCAAGGUNNNNACUCUUGCCAGAGACUACGCAGCCGAGGUGAAGAAGCCUUUCCCAGAGAUAGAUGCCAAGAUCCUGGAUGAGAAAGACUGGCCGAACGACUGCUAUGUGUUCGAGGGAAAAGAGAAGGAGCCCACGAUCGUUUACAUGCCGCUCUUCAACAGACGCAACUGCAAAGAUGCUGAAGAUUUCAAAGCAAAAGUGGAGGAGUUCUCCACCUUCCAGCGUCCCUUCAGCCAGAAGAAGAUUGAGUUUGUGCUGGAGACGGCGAAAUUCAACAUGCAGAACAACAAGGAGACUCUGCUGAGGGAGAUUAUCAAAGCUGCUCUCCGCCGACACAACAAGAGGUAG